CAAAAAACAAACUACAACAACCAAAAAAAAUCGAAAACAAAAAAAAAGUUGAAUGGCCCUCCCAAAGAUGCAAGAUAAGGCCGAAACCGGAGCAGAAAGGCAGGAAAUGUUUGUCUGUAAUGGAACUGAUCCCAGGAGCUUGGAGUCCACAGCUCUUCCUUCCUCUUCUCUGCCCACAAAGGUACUUGGUGGGGUUUAUAAUGCAAACUUAGUGAUGAAAGAAAUCCCCCAACAGCCUGUCACCAGUUCCUGCCGCUCUGUCUGGCUGGACUCUGCUGGGGCUUUUACAUCUAAUCCCAGGGCUGAGCUGGGUCACUGGGGGCAGGGAGGAUGGCAGAGAGAGGGAGGAAGGGAGGCUGCUCCCCACCUGCCAGAGACUGUAUAAAUACAGGGGAGGGGAGAGCAAUCUUCCCAGAAGACCCAGGCUUUCUUCUGGGACAGAGCAGAACAGGACAGCAGCCUGUAGCUGGAUCUGAGACCAUAGCUCCAAAACCAUGUACUUAAAAUCCCACCUGGAGGAUGGUGCAGGAAAGAGCCAGUGGCAUGAGGAUCUCCUUGGAAAGAUGCCCAAGAGAUAUGGCGAUGGGGAGCUGGCCUGGAGCUGGAAUGCCAAAGGCAGGGCACACCCAACCUUCCUUAUCGACUGUGCCAGUGGGAAGCCUCUGCCUGAGCCUGUGCCAUCCCCACCCCCUCCCCAAAGGCCCCAUUUGGGACCCAUCCCUCCUCCCAUGGAAACCUACAUCCUGUUCUGCUGGGACCUGCCCAGGCCUUCUUGGGAGCUCUCCCACCGUGGAGAAGAUGAGGCAGAAUCCAGAAAACCCCUGAGCGAGGGCACCCAGAGCCUGGCUCCCAGCCCAGUCAGCCAGGCCAAGUCCAAGGCAGCGUCCUCCAAGUCCUUCUUAACGCUAAGGGCUUGGGACACAGUCAAGGGCUCCCUGAAGGCAUUCUGUUCCUGCAUCUGUGGGCAAGAGAAUUAAAAUUGUAAUUUAUACCUUAAUAUAUUUAACAUGUAUUGAUCAUCCUGCCAUCUAGGAGAGGGGGUGGGGGAAGGAGAGGAAAAAUUGAAACAAAAGGUUGGCAAUUGUCAAUGCUGUAAAAUUACCCAUGCAUAUAACUUGUAAAUAAAAAAGCUAUUAAAAAUUAAAAAAAAAAGAGAGAGAAUUAAAAUUGGGUGUGUGGCAAUUUAGUUCAGCACACAUCUAUUGAGUGUCUACUGUGUCCAUGAUCCUGGGUUUGACUCUAGGAAGACAAAUAUAAAAAGAGAAACCCUCAAGGAGCUUAUGAUCUAAAAAUCAAAUACAAUAUCUAUUAACAAGCAUUUAUUUUUUAAAUAAAUUUUUAUUGUUAUCUUUUAUUUUUACAUUGUCUAAAUUUCUCUCAGUACUCCUUGCCCUCCCCAUCCCAUAUAACAUAGAAUAUUUUUUAAGGAAAAAGAGAAACAAAAGAAAAAGGAAAAAAACCCAAAUCAAAUAAUUAAAAGUCAGAACAUUGAUUCAGUGUUCCACACUGAUGUGGUCCUUCACCUCUGCAAAGGGAUAGGGUGGGGGUGUAUUGUCCUAGUUCUUCUUGGACGCCAUGAUUGCUCUUUGAAAUUUCCAAACAUUCACUUUGAUUUGUGGUUUGGGCUACCUCCUUCAUUUAUACCAUUGUAGUCAUUGGGUAUAUAUAUUGUUUUCUUGACUCUACUUUGGUUUUCAUCAAUUCAUGUAAGUCUUUCUGUGCUUCUCUGU